CUUGGUAAAUCACACAGUUACUGUACGAAUUGACAAAUCUGUGAUUGUGAAGGACUCGUUCGCUAUGGAUACUUACUAUAAUCAGUCUUCAGACAACCCUCAUCACGAGUGGUCAUCGGUUGUUCUGACUUUGGACCCAGAUGUGGACGAACAAGAACUGAUUGAGUCAAUGAAACAGUUCAGCCAAAUCCACUCUUUGGAUUUUUCUUUUGAUGAAGACACUAAUUGCAGACACAUUUAUGUGACUUUUGAGCAUUCAGGACGGGACCAGCAACCAGAUCCUGUGGUCCCCACGAGCCGCUUUAUUGAGCUGAAGACACUGCUCGUGAGCAAUCUGCACCCAAUGGUCACCGAACAACAGCUUAUUGAAAAGUUUGGUGCAUUGGGGUCCAUCUCGACUGUGCAAGUGUGCAGAAACAACAUCAUCUCUCCUGCUUAUGCCUUUGUGACUUUCCAUCAUCGACGUGAUGCAGUGCGAGCACAAAAAGCUCUGAACUUCACUGAUUUACUGAAUAAACCUCUGAUCAUCAUGUGGGGCCCAGACAAGACAAUUGAGGUGCUCUCAGAUAAUGACAGCAGCUCUCCAAGACAAACAGAGGAGAGAGAGACAGCUGGAGAAACAGAGGAGAGAAAGACCAGUGGAGAAACAGAGAGAGAGGCCGCUGGAGAUACAGAGGAGAGAAAGACCAGUGGAGAAACAGAGAGAGAGGCCGCUGGAGAUACAGAGGAGAGAAAAACCAGUGGAGAAACAGAGAGAGAGGCCGCUGGAGAUACAGAGGAGAGAAAGACCAGUGGAGAAACAGAGAGAGAGGCCGCUGGAGAUACAGAGGAGAGAAAAACCAGUGGAGAAACAGAGAGAGAGGCCGCUGGAGAUACAGAGGAGAGAGCGAACAGCGAGUCUUCAUGGGGAAGAAGGAUCUCCAACAAUGUGAAAAGUGCUGUGAAAGCUGCGGUGAGCAGUCCAGCAGCCUGGGUCGGAGUCGGCAUAGGUGUCUGUGCUGCUUAUGCCUACUUCAGGAGCAGGAGCUAGUGUGGACACUUUCUAAAAGACGAGAAGGCCUGCCUCACGAUCUCCACUCAUCAUCCCCAGAGUGACCAAUCACUGCUCCAGAAAGAACUUGAUUUCCCCAGCAGGCCAAACACUUGCAAUAAAUGUGAAUUGAAUAAAC